AUGCGUGUCUACGUGCACGUGGGUCCCCUCUGCCUACUGACCCUGUUGUUGCCACCCCUCAGUCCGGCAGCCCCCAUCUCUCCAGCUGAGCCCAUCAAUCAAGCCUAUAGUCUGGCCCUCUAUAUGCAGAAAAAUACAUCAACGCUGCUGCAAACUUAUCUCCAGUACCAGGGCAGCCCCUUUAGUGACCCUGGCUUCUCAGCCCCUGAACUCCAGCUCAGCAGCCUGCCACCUGCCGCCGUUUCCUUCAAGACCUGGCAUGCCCUAGAUGAUGAGGAGCGACUGAACCGUGCCCAGGGGGCCUUCCUGGCCUUGACGCAGCACCUCCAGCUUGUGGGGGAUGACCAGAAUGACCUGAAUCCUGGCAGUCCCAUCCUGUUGGCCCAGCUCGGGGCUGCAAGACUCAGGGCCCAAGGCCUGCUAGGCAAUAUGGCUGCCAUCAUGAUUGCCUUGGGGCUGCCUAUCCCUCCAGAAGAGGACACUCUUGGACUUGUCCCCUUUGGGGCCUCAGCCUUUGAGAGGAAAUGUAGAGGAUAUGUAGUGACCCGAGAAUAUGGCCACUGGACAGACCGAGCUGUGAGGGACUUGGCUCUGCUCAAGGCCAAAUAUCCAGCAUAG